ACUCAGUUCCAGGAUUUUGGUCUCGGGACCCGGCAUCGCGAGUUCUACCCGUUGCUGGGAAAUGGUAUCUUCACCUUAGAUGGGCCGGGCUGGUCUCAUGCGCGUGGCAUGCUGAGGCCGCAGUUCACUCGCGAUCAGGUCUGAUAAUUCUACUAAUCUACCAUCAAUGAGAACUGGCUGACGAAUGUGAGCGGUUAGGUUGCUGAUCUCGACCUUAUGGAUGGCCACAUCACCAAGAUGAUGGACUUGAUUCCCAAGGAUGGGUCAACUUUCGACAUCCAGCGCCUCUUCUUCCUCUUGACCAUGGACUCGGCUACACAUUUCUUGUUUGGUGAAUCCGUCGGAUCAAUGCGCACAUCCACUGAGUCGAGUCUGCUGGAGAAGUCCACCGUUGGAAACGCCCAAGGGUUCGCGGAGGCAUUCAACCGAGCCCAAGAAUACCUGGUUUCGAGAUCCAGAGCCAUGGCAUUCUAUUGGCUCGUUAACCCCAAGGAGUUCCGUGAAGCGAAUCAGCUUGUGCACGAGGUGGUUGACCACUACGUGCGCCUGGCUCUCGAGGCAAAGCGUCACCCCGAAAAGAAAGAGUCGGGCAGGUACAUCUUCGCAGAAGCCUUAGCGGAGGAUACCGAUGACCCGAGAGUGAUCCGUGACAACAUGCUCAACAUCCUCCUGGCUGGCCGCGACACCACUGCCAGUCUGCUCAGCUCGGCCUUUUUCUACCUAGCACGUCAUCCUAAUGUCUGGACCAGACUUCGCCAGACCAUCGUCGACGAGUUUGGAGACGCUAAACACCCCAACGGAAAGAUCACGCAUGCUAGGCUGAAGGAUACGCCAUACUUGCGCUAUUUCUUGAACGAAGUCCUCCGUCUCCUCCCGCCUGUUCCUCUAAACUUCCGUGUCGCUGCCAAAGAUACUUCCUUGCCAUUGGGUGGUGGGCCCGACGGGAAGGCCCCGGUCUACGUGCGCAAGGGAGAGCUUGUGUCGUACAGCGUAUAUGCAAUGCACCGUCGCACCGACUUAUACGGCCCGGAUGCCCAUGCUUUCCGACCCGAGCGAUGGGAAGAGAACAGCAAGCGGGGUUGGGAGUACCUUCCAUUCAACGGCGGGCCACGCAUUUGUCUUGGACAGCAAUACGCCCUCACUGAAGCCAGCUACACCAUGGUCAAACUACUACAGCGGUACAACAGAAUUGAGAAUGCCGACCCUGAUAUGGUGGAGCCGAUCAUCAAUUCCAGUCUCACGCUGUCGCAUGACCGUGGUGUCCAUAUUCGGUUAUUUUCUUCGUGAUUUUCAGCACUGCUGGGAUUUUAACCACGCCAUUAAUUGUUCAAGCCGCCGGAUGGCUACGAAUUCUUUGCAUUAUGAUGAGCUACACUUUUCAUGCCCCGGGGCAUUCCCAGAAAUGACUACAUAUACUAGCCUGGAUAAUUUAAUAUGAUGAGAUUUUACACUACUUAGUUUGAAUCGUGAUGGCAUCCUCAACCGCUAUAUCCAGUUGAUCGGUGACACUGUGGUGCAGACGGCAAAGCAACGUUGAUACACAAGAACUAUAUUUCUCGUAUACUUGAG